GAAGACAGAGUUUUAUAUUAUCUAAAAAGCUCUAUAAUCCCAUAAACGGUCAGAAAGGCAUAAAAUCAAAUAUAAUUGUAUCUUAUACAAAUGCAAAUAGUCGCUAUGAUUUACUUAAAGAAAGUCUAAAAAAAAGUGUCAUUUCUGCUGUUGGAAGAUUGAAACUUAGUCCUAAUA